AAUGUUGAUGGACUCUACGCGUACAUACGUUGCCUGUAGGUAUUUAUUAGCAGGGGGGUACUGUUGAAACCAAAAAAUCGAAUCGAUUGUUGUAUUCUCAUCGUGAAAAUCCUGUGAGAAUUGUCGCGGUGUGACCGUGUUAUAUUCUUUACGGAUAGAAUGAGCGGUUGCAGCAACGACGAGGUGGAUCAGUCCGAGAAAAGAAAGAGCAGCGAAGCCGCGAUGGGUGACGUCCUGGGUAAGGAAUCUAGCAACAAGGCUGAUCUUGAGAAGGAUAGUACCUCGUAUAGGGAUGAAGAGGAUGACCGUGGACGUGAGGAGGCUGACGGGGCACCGGCAGAAUCAUCUGCGAUAAAAUCUGUGAUCAAUGGAGAACCGAAUGUCAAAGAAAAUUCAGUUGCACAUACAGCUACAGACAAAGUAGAUAUUGAGCAAGACGGAGAUGUAGACGUCGAAGAUAAGUCAUCUGAUAGGGCUGAGCAAGGGGUAGUGAGUGAUGGUGUCAGUGAUGUACUUGCUAUUCCCGAUUCUCCACUGCGACAUCCAAAAGGCCCAUGUUCUUGCAAUGCGUGUAAAGACAGAAGGGAACUCCUAACUGAGCAGUUGGAAGAGGUAACAAGGUUACAGGGAUUAUGGAUGGAAUUAAGGCAGCACAUACGUGCGGUUUUCAGAGCUGCUACAGAAACAUCUCGAGUUCCUCAUCCGGCACGUCCCAAAUACGACAAGGCCCACCUAGAUAAUAUGCAUGAAAUCAUUCUGCAAUUGUGCAGAAGAGAUCCACAUCAACUUUUUAUGAGGCUUGAAGGACAGGCCCAAGAUUUUGUAGUUGAGACAAAGGUUCGUCUUCUAGAUCUUCUUCUUAAUCGGAACGCCAAUAAUCUAGCAGAGAUAUUUCUCACUGGAUUGCUGGAUGGAUAUGAUGCGUUGUUAUCAGCAGCCUCACACCUAUCUAGUCUGGUGGAGCCGUUAGAAAAUGAACAUCUCUCAAAGUUCAAUCUCACUUGGGACUGCCUUAACAAGAGGCUCUAUCAAAGUUGUGUCUACACCGAUCCACUUGUACAAAAUAAUUUGCCACCCUUCAUUGGACAGCUGAGGAAACUUUUACCACUGAAGGGUGCGGAAUAUCAAGGUUUGGUGCAUAGAUACCUUGCAUUUGAUGACGAAAUGACAAGGAUCGGAGACAUGUGGCCUGAAGCUGAACGUUUAAUCGACAAAUAUAACCAAGAACAAGCUGCGCUCAAAGCCAAACAGAAAAUGCUUAGGGAAGAUUGGGAACUUUUCAAAGCUAGAAGAAAACUAAUACAACAACGAAUGUGGAAUAGAACGUCAAAUGAACUAACGGAAUUUGAUGAACAACUGUUAACACUUGCGACAUUGGGAGCUGUCGGAGCAUUGAGUCCGAAUAGUAGACCACCUAGUCCUAAUUCAGAUCUGGGCCUAGAUGCUCUGAAUUUACCUCUCGAUAGUGAUAUCUUGGAAAGUCUUACACAGGACGCAAACAAGUCCACGCAUUUACGGCUUGCUGACAUGGUGGGUGCACUAACAUCGUCAGAGGUGCUGACAGAAAUUAAUGGUCAUGUCAGUUCUCCUCCUCCCGUAAAUGGCCAUUGUAAUGAGCCAGAAUAUUGGUUUGGAUAUGAAUGUGCUGUUAAUCAUGUUCUCAACUAUGGAUUUGUUACACCGCCACCAUCACCGCGUUCAGGAAGUCCGCUAAAUGAUGAAAGAGGGGAUGGUGAGGGUAGCGAAGGUGAGGUUGGUGGUAUUGACGACAAGUGUGAAUGCCAUGUGUGCACUGUACCUCGGACGUCACCCACGCGGAUCGGUAAAGGACCACCACUUAAUCUCAACGUACACACAAAUAAUUUUAAUCCAUUCCCGCCUAUAAGCAACGGUUCACCAGGUGCAGUCAAUUGUACGGCAAUAACUAAUGGUUCAGUGGAUAUGAACGGGGUGUAUCCACAUCUAUACAAUUUGCACACAGCAUUUGCUGCAGGACCUGUUAAACCUAAGCACAGUCCAUCUCGUGAUACGAUUGCAUCAUCUGUUAAUAAAACGGAUGAAAAAAAGUUGUGUCCCUUUGGCCCACAAACGAAAAAGAAAUCUGAAGAUUCAGAUAUUAGGAAGAAACAGUUCCAAGAACCCCUCACUGACGCUGAGGACACUGAUCUAAGAGAUACAGAACCACAGCCUUGUCCUUGUGUAUAUCAACAUGCGAAAGAAAUCGUGGAAAGCAAGAAAGUAGUGCUGGAAAAUCCCCCUUGUUCUUGUUUGCUAAAGACAAAACAGAAAUGGGACACGUGUCCUUGUUUACAAAAAUCUCGCUCAGAUCCUGUCAUGACAAACGGAAAUGGACAACCAAAAUCUUUGCCUGUAUCUACUGCGAGAGUGAUCAUAAGGAAGUCAGUUAACACCAUUCCACCAGGCACCAUUCAAUCAACCAAUAUCCAAACUAGGCAUUCUACGACCCAGACACCUAAUAUCACCCACAAUCAUAACCAUCUGCCACAUCCUGGUAGGUGCCCUACUCAUUCUCACUCGCACGGUCCACUACCUGAUCUCGUGAAAGGUACGUCGACUUCUCAUAGAGGACACAAUCAUCCAAAUCACGUACCACACGCUUGUCACAAGCAGGCCAACAUCGAGCACAUCAAAAGGGUGUCCUGUAGUGAUUUAGGAGCAGGAGAUGGAGAUUGUUCAGACUCUGGUAGUAGUCAAGAAGAUUCUUGUUCAACAAGCAGUUCUACACCCAGAGAUUCCAGUAGGCACUGCGAUUGCUGUUAUUGCGAAGUAUUUGGUCAUGGAGUGCCAUCGGUAGCACCUGUCAGUAGGAACUACAAUGAAAUGAGAGAGAGGCUGAGACAGCUCUUGACAAAGAAAAAAGCUAAAAAAUGCAAAGCUGCAUGUAGUCCGCCACUAACUCCAGUUGAGCUCCCAAAUUAUACAAACGUAACACCUAGUACAAAAGUUUUACCCAAUCAAGCUGUUCCGCGACCGAAUACUCCUGUGUCCAUAGUCCCCAUUCAACAACCAGACACGAGAGAUCAGAGAGACUUAGAAGCACUGCUGGAAUUCAUUGAGGGGAAUCAGAAUGGCAAAAAAGAUAAUAAAAAGGCAGAGAAGAAGGCGAGGCAAAGGCAGAAAAAACUGGAGGAGAAACUGAAGAAAGACAAACAAGAAGUAGAGAAACAAAGGAUAAUAGAACUGCAGAAGAAAACCCCGGAAGUUACUAUAACUGUUGUUGAUCCACAAAAACCAAUUUUACAAAGAUUACUGCCGCAACGAACAAUGCCAGAAGUUUCAAUAUUGCCUACAACAGCACCAUUGCUCAACUCACAGUCUCGGCAAUCGAACAAAAAAAAGGAGAAAGAUGAUGCAACUAAUCAUGUGACAAAAACAAAAUCGUCUGUGAUAGUUCCAAGUCAGAAAAAUAAAAGCGGCGUUAUUAGUGAUAAAAAGAAGGAAAGUGUUCCUAUAAAUCAAAAAAGUAAAGGUACAAGUUGCGUUGAUAAGGUGGAUGGGGUACCAAGCAAUGUGGUUACUACAUCGAAAGUGUUAGAAGAGAAGAGUGAGAAGAAAUGUAAAAAAGAAAGACAAAAGCUCAAAAAAGAAGCGAGAGCAAAAGAAGAAGCGCUUCUGAAAGAGUCAGAGAAAAUGAAGAAUCAGCCUGAGAAUCAACCACAAAUUGUUACUAUAAAGAGAGUCAUGGAAUCAAAUAGUGCCGAACCAACAGUCACCAUAACUUUAAAGGGGCAAACGCCGGCUGAAGAUAAAGUUUUAUUUACCUUAGUUAAUGGGCAAACCAAGGAGCCAAGUUCCUCCAAACCUGAACACUCCCAAACUCAAAAAGUCAGUGGAAAAAAGAAAAAAAAUAAGGGUAAUAAUAGUCAGCCGCAACAACCACAGGUAAAAUCCAUUUCACCGCAACAGCCAACAACUAGUACCAGUUUAAAACAAGCUAGUGUCAGUGAUAAUAAAAAUGUUAAAAAUUCACAAACUCAUGAGAAGUCUAAAGGUGGCAAGCAAAAUGAUGAAAAGAACGCUAGUCCUAAACAACAACAGCAGCAGCAGCAGCAGCAGCAACAGCAACAGCAACAGCAAAGUUCAAACGAGACAAAGAGUGCAAAAUCUAAAAAAGACAAAAAGAACAUCGAGAAUAAGGAGAAUGUAAUACAACAACAGUAUAAUUCUAACAAAAGUAAAAACCAACAACAAUUGCAGUCUGUGGGAAAUAAUAAAAAACAAACUAAAGUCAGUACAAUGCCAGACACAUUGCCAUGUGUGCAAAAGCAGCAGCAGCAGCCGCAGCAGAAUCCAAAUGAUGAGUCAAACAGUAAAAAGUCAAAGGGAUCUCAAGAAAAAAAUAAUCAAACGCUUGUUAAUAAAAGUAAAAAUACCAGUAAUAAUAAUAAUAAUAAUAAUAACAUUAAUAAUAGUAAUAACAAUAACAAUAAUAAUAAGAAUGCUGCUAAAACGAAAAGCAACAAUCAGAAAAAUAAAAAUACGACUAAUCCAGUCGUAUCUAAGUCAGCAAUCACUGCCACUGAAAUACAAAACACUGCCAUGGAUCGACUAAGCUCACCUCUCAGUAGUCAAUUCAAAGAUAUUGGUGCAAAUUCCAAGAUAAAUAUUGAGAAUCUCAAAUUACCACCAGGUAUUACAAUAACAAAAGUAAACGCACCUGCUAAACCCAUGCCUAUUAGAUCUACUCCAUUACCAAAACCAGUGAAUCCGCCCAAGCAAACGACUAUUAUCGCCGCUCCUAUGAGUGGGGUUCAAUCAAAUUACGCCAGUCCUCAAGGAGGAGGCAACGUCAUUGUAGUAGACACUGGAAAGCUCAAGCAAGAUCUGCUGCCCAAGUCUAAUGAAAAAGAUUCUUCGAGAGACAAUCAGCAAAACCAAAGUACAAAUGGAAAGAAGAAAAAAAAGAAGUCUAGCAGUAAGAACUCUACAAAUUCGACCGGUACAUCGAAUAACACUGUUAUACAGAACAACACGGUAAACGGAACUUCGCUAACCAAUGGACACACCGACGAGCCAGCUCGCAUUUUACACAACCCAGGAAGUAACAUGGUUACAAUCAGAAAUCCGGCUUUUGGGCCGCCAAAAAUGGAGCCACCUCAACAAGCUGCCAUUAUAAAGGUUUCGGAAAAUGGUAUGGUCACUAUACGAAGUCCAGCUCUUCAACAAGCAAUUAACGCUGGUUUUACACCACCCCCAAAACCCGACUUCAUUGUGAAAGGUGAUUUGUCGAGUAAUAGUUCUACACCUCAACAGAAUGUAGGUGCAAAACAAAACAGUAUUAUUCCAUCUAGUUUGGCUGAGCUUCGUAGUAGGUUGACCCCUGAUUGCACCGGAUUAGCGGGACUGGCAAAUAUUCAAAUCAGUAAAGUAACCAAUGGUCAGCCAAUCCCUGAAAAUGGUAUUAAUUUGAGAGGUACCAGCGUCACGUUGACAAAGGUCCGUUCGGAGGCUGUGAUGGAUAACGUACAGCAGGCGAAAACAGCGGUCAGAGAAGCAAUCAGUGCUACUAUGGCAGCUUCCAGUAGCGGGAAAGGAAAAAAGAAGAAAAAAAAGGGAAACGGGACUCGUCAAAAUGGAGAUGACUGGAACCUCGUUGAGAGCGUAUUUACGCCUAAAGAUAUAGACCUCGAGGAUGGGGAGAUGGAUGACGCGGAACGUGAAUUGGAGGCCUUCAAGCGUUUUUGUCUGCAAUCUGUUCCACCGGCACGAAAGGAAAAGGUUAAUCUGAACAUCAAGGAUAUUGUUUUAAAGAAGAAGUCAACAACGGCGACGGUCAUCGCCGCAAACUAGACUAUUUAUCGCUGUGCGGAUAUUUGUACUUUUUUUUUCGUACUCGUCAUGGAGCCAUUGCCGUUUAUCAUUAUACAUAUUGAAUAAAACGUACUGACGCCGCGGGACAGCCAUGUAUUGUAGAAUAUUACCGAAUACAGUUGUGAAUUCAAGAUCAUUUUAAGAAUAAUGUAACGUUAUGGUAAUUGCGAGCUCGAAUAGGUAGAGAAAUUUAUGAAAAUAAUAUUGACGAGGCUGUUUUGCAAGAAUUGAAAUACUAAAAUAUAAUUGUAGAAUAUCUCUAGCGAUUUAUCGAUAAAACAACAAUUUCACUGAUCUAGAUUAAGGUAACGUUUUUUCAUCCCUUACUUGCCAUAUACAUAUUGCCAAUGAGUGUCCCAAUUUUUUAUAGUCUUUAAUCUGUCUACUUCGGCACAGCGUUUUUACUGAAAUGAAAAACUUUCACGUCACAUGAUUGCUAAAUUAAUCUUUGUGUUAGAAGAAAAAAAAAUGGAAAAGAAUGAAUGUAAAUAUAUUUACGAUUUUCAUUGAGUGAGAAAAAACGGAGAAAACAACUUCAGAACAAUUUGAUGUUACGAAGAAAAAACGAAAAAAAAUUUCAUGAAAAUGAUGAUACUUGUCAUAGAAUGACUUUACGUUGUCAGUAAUGUGAAAACAUUCACAUUCAUGAUAUGGUGUGUAGUAAACGAGUUCAACGUUGAAAAAAAUCAUGGCGAAUGUAAUUUAUUUUUAGAAUGAUCAAAUUCUGAAACUCAAUCCAAGAGUUACUGUUUGAGAUUUUUAUUUUUAAUUUAUAUUUUGAUAAUUAUGAAAAGAAGUUCUUACGGGAUUGUUCGUGCAUCCCUAGAUAACGAAAAACAGGGAUAUGCGACAAUAGUUGAUCCCGUAGUAUACGUCGACGUAAAAAAUAUGCAAGGAUCAUUGAAAAUUCUAUCGUAAUGAGUCAAUCGAAUAGAAUUGUAAAUUUUAUACACGAAUAUUGAGGUGAAUCAUCACCCAUUUGUCAAAUGUAAAAAAAAAAAACAACAAAAAAAAAGCGCUUUCUAAUGAGUGUUUUCAUUUUUAUUCGAUUUUGGUUUUCCUCAAGAAAGAAAUAGGAAGAAAAGAGAAAAAAGUGGGAAAAUACAUUAUUAAUGUUGUAAAUAUAGAUUAGAGUACACUCAUAUUUCAUCUCCUACGCUGUCACGUUCAAGAGAAUUUUGAAAAGGAAACAAAUAAUAAUAAUUAUAAUAAUACCAAUAAUGAUAACAAUAUCAAUAUUAAUAAUCAUAAUCAUAAUCAUAACAACAAUUAAUAGUAAUAACAUAAAAAUGAAUCAUCCCGAUUCUGAUGAGAACGAAUUUCCGACAUUAAACUGUGUAACUCUUCAGCGCGAGGAAUUGGGGUUUUAUCAUAUUGUUAGCAGCAUAUUGUAUCUUAGAAUAGCGUUUCUUAUAUUAAGAUAUAUUUCGUCAAAAUAGAA